AUGGCGUCCGGCAGCUACUACAGUAACCCGGACUAUUCCGAUCCCUACAACGCCACAGGGCGACCUGAGGCAUCGCCUCCAAGCCUCCACGGCAAAGAGCCAUCAGCAUGGACGGGGAAACGUCAGAUGUGGGGCCCCAGCACACCAGUGCCUCUCCUUAGCCCCUCCCACAUUCUCAAAGUGCAUGGACACCAUUCUAGCUCCCUUGCGGCUGCCCCCUUCCACACCUUGUUCAGUUAUUUUGAUAGAGCCACUGUGAACGUGUGUGCCUGUGCGGAGACGGCACAGGUCCAGUGUGAGGUGCUGAUAGUUUAUACAAAGGAUGCUGCUGAGUGGAGCACAUACCUGCAGAAUGUGCUGGCUUCAUGCAGACACUUUUCCAUGAAGUCAGUCUUGUUAUAUGAGGUCGAGAGCCAUACCCCUGUGGCCCAGCGGGACCUCAGUAUCUUCCAGAGCAGCAGGUGUAUCUUCCUGUUGCUGUCAGGAGAACUCUUGGAUGUUCUUGGCAGCUUUGAGGUCUUGGAGAGCUUUCAGAAUGUUCUGCAGCCCCCUAGUAAGAUGGUGAUGUUAUUUUGUGGAACGUCAGAGAGUGAAAUGCUAUCGGAAUGCUUCCAGGACUGGCAUCAGUGGAAACAGCUCAGUCCUGAAGAUGAAACGACGACCUACAUUUCAGUGGUUCUACAGGCAGUGUCUGAAGACUCAGGUUGUGACAGCGUGACUGACCGCGAGGCAGAGGUGGAGGCAGAGGUGGAGACGGAGGCAGAGGAGGAGGUAGUGGUGGAGUCAGAGACGGUGGUGGUGGCGGAGGUGGAGAUGGAGAAGGAUGCAGAGGAUGAGGCGGAGGCAGAGUCGGUGGUGGAGGAGGUGGAGGCAGAGGAGGAGGUAGUGGUGGAGUCAGAGACGGUGGCGGAGGUGGAGACGGAGGUGGAGGAUGAGACGGAGGCAGAGUCGGUGGUGGAGGCGGAGAAGGAGGCGGAGGCAGAGUCGGUGGUGGAGGCGGAGGAGGAAGUAGUGGAGGAGGUGGAGGCGGAGGCAGAGGAGGAGGUGGAGGUGGAGGCAGAGGAGGAAGCGGAGGCGGAAGAUGAGGGGGAGGAGGUGCACACUGAGCUGGUGUGUUCCACAGAGUCCCUGCAACAUGUGGACCCCCAGCCCCAGCCAAACAUGCCGGUCCAUGGGAACUGCAUCAUCCAGCCAGACAGAAUAAGAUGUGGGGCACAAAUGAAGAUAUACCUUAUUCUGAAAUGUAAGCUGGACAACCAGGUAAAAACUCAAGUGGAGUUCUCCAGCAAAGACUGUUCUUCCAAACGAGAGUCUGUAGUACUUGAAAAUGAAUACACUGUGUCAGUCAAGGCUCCUGAUAUGCCUUAUGGACCUGUUUCUGUGACUCUCUUCUCUGGGGAUUUAACUGUGUGUUCAACAUCCGUAACUUAUUACACUGACAUGGAAGAAAUCGGAAACUACCUUCUAAGUGCCAUCAACCCAAUACAGUUUAUGUGUCAGGCUUUUAAAAUCACAACAAAUAAUAUAGAAGCUCUGGACAACUUAUUGACUGAGUCGUUAAAGAACAAUAUCCCAGCGACUGGUCUACAGCUGUUUGGCAUAAACCAGCUAGAAGAAGAAAAUAUGUCCGCACACCAAAGGAAUGAAGAGCUCCCGACUCUACUUCAUUUUGCUGCUAAGUAUGGUCUGAAGAAACUCACAGUGCUUCUGCUGCAGUGUCCCGGGGCACUGCAGGCCUACAGCAUGGUCAACAAGUAUGGUGAAUAUCCCAGCAACAUUGCAGAGAAGAACGGCUACAAGGACUUGCGCAAGUUCAUGGAUGAGUAUAUGGAGACUGCUGAAAUGCUGAAGACCCAUAUAAAGGAUAAUAUUACACAAGGAGAGGACGAGGAGACAUAUGAAUCCAUGUCCAACAUAUCCAGAGACACUCUGAUGAAUCCAGGAUGUGAUGAAGACAUCUACGAAUGUAUGAUGGAGCUGCACCCUGAUGGCAUGGAAGAUAUAUAUGAAGACAUGGAAAAACAACCAGAAUCAUCACGGGACAUCCCAGACCCUUUUUUUGCACAGGAAUCUAUGAUACACAAAUUCUUAGAAGGAAAAUCCAACAGGAGUUUUGAUUCUACUGAAGAGGGGGGGCAGGAGGAGGAAGAUCCUUACAAGCUCUGUAUAGAUGAAGACGUCUAUGACACUGUGGAGCCGGGGGCCAGCAACCCACCGGAAAUCAUAAACCGACCUCCAGCACCCAUCCCAAGACCCUCAGUCAACCUGGAACCACAGGAGAUGGAGCCAUACAUUUCCAAAGUGUUUUCAGCCAGAGAAGAGGCCAAACUGGAGAAUCUGUAUGCUCUCGUAGAACCAAAGUCAGGGUCAGUGAGACCCGUCAGGGACAGGACUUCAACCACCACCUAUGACACCUACGAUGGUGUGAAGACUCCGGGUCAGCGGCAGCUGAUUGCCCUGCAGGAGAAGGUGAAGGAGGGGAUUUUCACUGUGGAAGAGGCUGUACAGCAGUUCAAGGCGUGGCAGCUUAACCAGAAGAGCAGAGCAGAGUCCUUCAAGUUCCAAGAGGAGAAUUUGAGAAAGUUACGGGACAGCAUAACAAGAAGACAAAAAGAAAAAAGAAAAAAUGGGAAAUCUCUUGAUCUGCAGAUUACUGCCCCAAUUCAGCAUUUCCAGGGCCCACCCAUGAAAUUAGAAUGUGCUGUAUAUGAAUCCAACCCCAGAGUGUUGGCAGCCCCACCUCCGCCCAGUCACACCAACAGGGGCAACUGGCAGACUAGGAGCACAACUAGUACAUCCAGCAGUGCAAGCAAUAGAUCCAGCAUACUCAGUAACAUGAGCUUCAGCAGUGGGGCCGAAGGGGACAACGAGGACAAUGUAGACAGUUAUCGGAGCCCCAGCCCCCUGCUUCAUGCAGCAGAGAGACGACCGGAGCUCCCCCCACCUCGAGUGCCUCCCCGGACCCUUACAAGGCCUCCACAGAAUAAGAAUAUGGAUCGGUAUGUCCCUUGUCCAACUCGUCACAUCCCUGGUCCUAUACGCUGCAGCCCUCCUCCACCAAUACCACGCAGAACUCGUUAACUGAGUCUCCAGGCUGCGCUGGUGGAUCAGUUACACCUGCACCAUUGAGAUAAUCAUUCAAGGAAUUAUGUGUAACUGUUCUGCGACAUCACCUAGGAUGGAAUUUACAAAGUUACUAUGCAUGAUGCAGACAGUUUCUGUCACUGACAGUCCACUUCCGAACGCAAACCUGAAUGAUAUAUUCAAUCAGACACAUGCUAGUCACAAAAUAGGUUAUAGGGUUUCCAGAGAAGUAAACUUGAAUAGAAAGAGCUACUGGCUAAACUAUGAAAGCUUUAUCAAGACGUUUUUCUUGUUUGCCGUGUAAAUUCGCUGCUUCUAUCAUUUCACUUAAGUGAAUAUUGACCAGCAUUUGUUUGUUUUUCUUUAAUAGUUCAUUUGAAUUUUUGACUUGGACAUAUGUUGCAGACAAAUAACAGAAUGUGUAGAGGUUUGCAAAGAAAACCCAGACUCAGGGUGGACACUAUUUAUUACUGUAGAAUCCCUGCGAAUAGCCAAGCAUGUUUCCAAAUGAAAUUGCCCUAAUAAAUGUUUACAUACAUUGCUAAGUGUACGGGAAACAUGGCAAAACAUUGCUAAGUGUAGGGGAAACAUGGCAAACCAUUGGAAACCAUGAUGAAGAACUAUGGUAAAACAGUAGCAUAAGCUUUUACUAAGCUGUUAUCAGAGAGGGACGUCACAGCCUAUAACAACAUUGUCGUAAUCUGAAUCCAUGCAGCUAGCAAGUGCAUUUAUAAACAACAAAAAGCAGGAGGUACAUCCACUGUACAGUACAUUUGUAUUCAUACAUUUACCUACUUUCUUCUGCACUUAAUGUAACAGUAUUUAAAAAUAUAGCAACAGAGCCCUGUUCACUGAACAAUGUUGGAGCUCAAUGACCAGCUAUUGUCAGUUCCAUACCCCCUGAGCAAGUGUACUAACCUCCUUAUGUUGUUUAUUUAAUCAUCUUACAAACCACUUCUAUUUAGAAACAUUUACCAUAGUUCAAGCACAGCAAAGUGUAAUAAAGCUUGGUAAAGCAUAUGUAAGCAUUGUAAAGCCCAGAGAGGUAUGGUAAAACAUGUUUUAAAAAAAUAUGGCAAAUCAUUGUAAACUAUGGUAAAUUCAUAGUAUGGCCAUGGGGAUGGGAAAACUGCACCUUGUCUGGGCAUAACUUGGUAAAACUGACUAAUUUGGGGUUCACUGCCCACCUGCCCCCCCACCACCACCUUCUCCGUGGUUAUAGCUUUUUAACAUUUUUUUUGUUUUAGUCAAAUGUUCAAUUUUGUUGUUGUUGUAUCAGGUACAGUCUGCAGUUUUAUUUUUAAAUAACAAAUUACUGUAGACCUCAGGUAAUUAAGAAAAUUGAGUUCUGUCAGUCUUGAAAUUAACAACUAUAUACAAGACCCUCAUUAGUUCUAAUCUUGGGCAGCGUUACAGGUAUCUAAAUAACAUGGACUCGUCCAAGAUCAGGGUCUGAAGUCAGCAUUAUUGAAUUAUACUUUUAGGUCAAUUACGUGAUAAGCCUAUGAAUAUAUAAUUAUUAUUAUUUAUUUUUUUCGGAUCAUUAAAAACUUUUGAAUAUACAGUACAGCCAAGGUCAUUGCAUGCUUAAUCCAUUUUUAUCCAGCUUUAACAUGCAACUACAGUAAUAUUAAUUUAACAAGCAUGCAUAUUUAUUACUGUAUUUUGCAUACCAAGUCUGCAGUUGUUGUAAUGACAGUGAUACAUUGAUUUUUAUGUGUGUUAAAAAUUAUUAUGAAUCUUGUAUGUAUCUAUUAACAUAAAAUCAAAUUUUGCCGUCUUUUCCAUUGUGUACGUCCCAUUGAAGGACGUUUUAGUUCUUACAGGAAAACACUUUAGAGCUUUUAUUUUAUAUAUAAAUGGCUAUAUAUAGUUUCCUGCAUGGAGCGAUCAACACACUUUCUUCACUAAUACCGUAGCUUCUGAUAAAUUAACAUUAAAAAAUGUAGAGCUCCCUAAUAAUGACAAUACAUAUUAAGUAAGAUUUAAUAUAAUUAUUUUGCUAGCUCUGUGUACUUUCUUAUUUUUAACAUGAUAAACAGUUGUAGUUCAGUUUUAAAUCUGGUACUGGUUAACUUCAAAAUAAUUUAAGUACAGCUAUAAAUUUACAUUUAUAUAUUGAAAUAAUGUCAUCUAAUCGUUCACAAUCUGUGCAGAAAAUCUGAUCUGUGGUCAUAGAAUAAAAUGGUUUGUCUUGAAAGUUUUCCAUUUACUAGAAUGAGCCUGUUUGGAAAGAAUUAAAAGCUAUGUGCACUUUUGCGGUACGUUAUUUUAAAUUAUUUAAUCAUCAGCAGUAUUGUGCUGUUUGCUUUGCAAAUAUUCCAAGUGCCUGAUCGGUAAUUGCAUAGUAACAGAAAUAAUAAACAGUAUUCAAUAAAUCUCCACUUUGGGGAAACAAGUUGGAUUAAUAUCCCUUUCGGUCACAAUUUUUAAAAUCAUUUUUUAACAAAAUCAGUUUGUGUGAACUCUAUGGUAUUCAAGAAUGCAUUGACAAAAUGUAUAUGCAUUAUACAAUAGAUACAUAGAUAGGAAGCAUAACAUGGUACAAUUAUGCACUCACCGAUCAAAGGGUUUAUAGAGGGGGUUUGUAUCUGCCACUCUUUAUGUCAUUAAAAUAACACCACUGUAGCUGUUGUCAUUGCCUCCUCAAUGAAUCUCUGUAUCUAUUUAUGUUUGCCAAAAUAUAUCUAUUACUGAUACAUGUUUCAUUUAAAAUUUUACUCUCAUAAUGUAAAAAGAACAAAAUAUAUAUUAGGUGUUUUUUUGUUUUUUUUUCAAUCGUGAAGAGCUUUUUUAUGUAUUCCAA